GAAUUAGUUUGAAUCUGGCAAUACCUUUCCAUCACUCCCAUGUAAACAACGGAGGUGGUCUGUGUUGUGGUGUGAAGGCUGUGCGGGGGAGGUACACAUUCCGGAGGCUUUUCAGAGUGGUGAAGGUUCAAAAUGAAGGUUCCAUGCAACAUUUUGUUCUCUGCAACACUUUUUGUGUGUAUAAUGGCAAAGGAGGAUCUGGACUUUGUGGAUACUGAACCAGCGAGAGAUAAUGAGGCAGCCCUCAAGUGUGAUGCUUGCAGGGUUGUCACACAGAAGUUCGGUGAAGCUUUUUUCGAGCUUCAAGAGGAAAUGACAACUGCCAAACAAACACCCCAUGACGAUGAUAUUAUUAAUGCUGCAGAGAGUGUGUGUGAUGAUACUUGGAAUGGAUUUGGUGUGACAGUUGUGGAUGACCGAGAAACAGUCACAGCACUGAGUGGUGUCUCACAUGAAGAGGAAUCUGUCUGGGCUCGCAGACUCCAAGACUUGUGUGAUGAACUUUUGGGUGAAGCAUUAGAUGAGAAGACUCUUUACAACCUGUGGGCGAGUGGUGGCUCCUUAGAGGAUCAUAUGUGCAGAGGUCAGAAAACCUUCGGUGCCUGCUCCUCAGAUGAUUGGGGUCCCUGGCCUGGGGAUGAUUAUGACGAUUAUGAAGAUGAUUCUGAAUUUGAGGGCAUUCAUGAUGAAUUUUAAGUUUCACCUUUAAUAUAAAUUUAGUAUUAUUAACAUUGUCUGUUAAGGUUAAAAUAGUUUCUUUGGUAGGUUUCAAAUUUUAAAAUCUUAUGAAUUAGAUUGAAUAGUUUCAUAUUUUGCACUUGAGUAAAUGUCCACUAACAUUAUAAAUGUAGUACAACUGAUGCUUUCAUCAUAAUUUCUAUUUUGACACAUCUCUUGAAUUCAGAUCUGCCAGAAAUUUAUAUUAUUUGAUUAUCAGAAAAGUAUUGCCUGAAAAAAAAAUAUUUGAUAGCUAUUAUUUGUAAUUUUAAUAUUUAUGUAUUUAAUUGAAAAUAAUUAUGAUACAUGGAACAUAGAAAGAGACCAUACAGUGAUAUCCCAGUCAUGGACCAAAGAUCAGCUGAGCUAACAGAAAAGUAUUACCUCAAAAGUUGUAUUUCACCGCCACUAUACUAAAUUUCAGUGGUUAUCUAUUUAGUUGAAUCAUGACAUAUUUAUUUAGGGAUGUAUGACAUGUGCUGCCUUUCCAUUUGAAAAAGAUUUAUGAUUGAAUGACAGAAGUACUACAACACCAGUGGUGUAUUAACUUGUUGACUGGCAGAAGCCAAAUACUUCUGUGUGGCUUGGUGCCAAACUAAUCUCAUUGCAUGACUCAAUAAUCAUAAAUCAUUCUAUUAUGAUAGUUCAUUAACCAGUAUGAUCUCUUCAAAUAAAUCUGUGCUAUGAAUAACUGUGAUCUCGUGCCAGUGUUGUUUAUUAUUCUAAUUAGCAAGUGACACUAUGAUUGUAAGGACGGUUGGAGGGAAAUGGGAAAGGUUUAGUAACUGACACAUUAUUUUAUAGAUAAUGAACAACCAUGGAAGUUGUGAGUGUACUUUAGUCCAGACUUGGAACAAAGAUGUAUACAAAUUUGUUUGCCACUUCCCAACAGCAUCACAGAUUAAAAAACAGUCAUAUGUAAUACUCAGUCUAAAAGUGGUGCAUCUCUCUGCAUUACACAUUAAAUUGACAGCUUCUUAUGUAGCCAUUCAUUUCCUGAAAAUAUUUUCUCAUUUCCCUUAUCCUAUUAUAUAUGAUUUGCUAUAGCCAUUUUUGUCCUUUCUGCUUUUGAAUCUCUUUGUUUGUCUCCCAUUAUCCUCAUUACUACCUUCACACCACCACCAUCACACCUUCAUCUCUCCCUUGCAAGGCCAAAAUGCUGAAUUAACUUCUACUCUAUUGUUUACUCACUCGGUUUCACAUUUGUCGUUUACUUGCUCUCCCUGCAUCAUUAUUAUUGUUGUAUCCAUUUGUAUUCCCUUUUAACACUCCUUUCUAUAAUACUGUAUUUUCAUCUAAAGCUCUCUUUAUCCACAUGACAUGGAAACACACCCUGAAAGAAAGUGAACCAGUAUCCAUUAGUCAUUUUCUCAGGGGUUAGGCUCACUUCAUUCCUUUUGCUUUGGGAGCUUCUUGGUGUUUGCUGUAGAGCUUUUCUUUUGGCAGUGUAUGGCAAUACAUAUUUCAAAUGUUAGUGUAGAACAGAGCACAAAGAGAACACAGGCAUUUGAGAUUGAUUUUAUGGAAAAUGCAUGUGGUCGAUAAAAACAAAGUACUUACAUAAGUAAUCUCAAGUUAUUCAAGAACACAUAGGAGAGGGUAACAAAGUACUUACAGUGUGGUAUGUUAUCUGGUUCGCAGGAUCAAAAUUUUUCUACACGCUUCAGAGGCGUAGUGGAGGGAGUUGUGUGGUAAAACUUCUUCUAUUGGAUGACACACUGACCAAGAUUUGAUACUUGGUUUUUGCACAGUUUUUUCUUUAUUGUUGUUGUUGUUAUUAUUAUUAUUAUUAUUAUUAUUAUUAUUAUUAUUAUUAUUAUUAUUAUUAUUGUUAUGAUUGUUAUUAUUAUUAUUUAGGGAUUUAUUUCUAUUAUUGUAUUUUUAUGUGGUGGGAAUUAGUGUGUUCUAUGAGAUACAUGAAUUUGGGUGAUUUGAAAGAGAUAAAUCUGAUAAUGGUGACAUCAUUUGUACAUUGCAUGUUCUUGAACCAAAUACAAAUUUCUCCAUCAAACAUACCUUAAUCAUAUCCAGAUCAACAGUUCUUUAAUGUUUUUUUCUAGUUUGCAAUAGCAUUUUUUCUUAACACUAUUAGAGAAAUGCAUUUAUUCAUUGUCACUUAUCCAGUCUCUUACAGUCCAAUGCCUCCAUAAUAUUAGCAAGUCUGUUACUUUUAUAUUUAUCAGGACCUGGUUCAUGUCUAGAUAAAUUUGUUGGAUUCUGCUGCAGUUAUCCAAGGACAUUACAUCACUUCAUGUUGUGAAGGAUGAAUUACACCCCUAUUUCUUACAUUUCAUGGUUUCAAGGGAAAGUUACAAAAUGACAUGUAAAAAUUGCUUGUUAAUUAUAAAAGGAAAUUUAUGUGCAUAAGAUUAUUAAAGUUAGGGGAAAGGAGAGUAGGAUAAAUACCCCCAGUUCUUUAAGUAUGCUAUCAUGAUAAUGUUUAUACUGCAUAUUUUUUGUUGGUAGUGAUCUGCAUUAAAGAGAAAUUAAA